CCGGGCGCACGUGAGUGACGGCGGCUCGGCCGGUGGCCGCGGCUCCCGCAGCCCGGGCGGAGCGGGCCGGGACGCCGGAGCCGGGGAUGGAUGACUUACAUAAUGCAGAUCUGGCUGGUGGUGUGGCUCAGUGGAAAGAUGCAUUCUAGGCCCAAGGCCUUGAUUUCAAAUCUCAGUACUGUCAAAAAAAAUGAAGGGGUUCGUGUCAUUUGAGGAUGUGUCUGUGGAUUUCACCUGGGAGGAGUGGCAGAACCUAGAUGAUGCUCAGAGACGGCUCUACAGGGAUGUGAUGCUGGAGACAUACAGCAGCCUGGCGUCCUUGGGUCAUUGUAUUGUCAAACCUGAGGUGAUCUUCAGGUUGGAGCGAGGUUCUGGGCCAUGGAUGGUAGAAGCAGCUACAAGCUGGAGCUACACAGAUGUCCAGAAAGAGAAUGGCCUGAGUGAGACCAGCCAUGAAAAUCAAGAGAGAGGUUUAUGGCAACUUACAGUUACCAGCAACAGCACAUCAAAAGAGAAGGAUGAAUUCAGAAAAAUAUUUAAUGGGAACUCAAACCAUGUUUCAAGUCUGACUGUAAAGAAUAAAAAGCUUUCAGGAGUGACGCCCAAGACACUUGAUAUAUGGCAAAAGGUGCAUCUUUCUAGUAAGUCUGGUGAGGUGCAGGCUGGGGAGGAACCUGAUGGCCUUCAUCAGCCUUGGAAGGCCCUCAGACAUUCUGAGCAUCUUCGUGUGCCUAACACAAGUCAAGGUAUGCAAAAGAACUUACAAAGAAAAGCUUGCAGCAUGAAGGCACUGUGGAGACAUAAGAGGCUAUAUACAGGACAUACCUCUACUAAGGGUGCUGAAUGUGGAAGGUCCUUUAAUAAGGUAGCACAUACUACCCAAGAGGUGAUUCAGGCAAGAGAGGAAACUUUUAGAUAUAAUAUAUAUGGGAAAACACUAUAUGAAAAGUCUAAACAUACUAAACGUGAGAAAAGAUGCAAGGGUCAAAAAUAUGAAUGUAGUGAUUGUGAGAAACUUUUUAUUAAGAAAUCAAACCUUAUAAAACAUCAGAGAACACAUACAGGGGAAAAGCCCUAUAGAUGUAAUGAAUGUGGGAAAUUCUUCUGUCAGAAGAUACAACUAACUGUACAUCGAAGAAACCACAGAGGAGCAAAAGCCUAUGAAGGUUAUGAGUGUGAAGAAAACUUUAACCAAAAGCAAAACCUCACCAGACAUCAGAAACCUCAGACACGUGAAAAACCCUAUGGAUGCAAUUUAUGUGGAAAAUCCUUUUAUCGGAAGUCACACCUUUAUAGGCAUCAGAGAGUCCACACAGGGGUGAAACCCUACAAAUGUAUUUUUAAGGAAUGUAGAAAAAGUUUCUUCCAUAACUCAUCUCUUAUUAUACAUCAGAGAACUCACACAGGGGAGAAGCCCUAUGAAUGUAAAAAAUGUAGGAAAACUUUCUACUCUAAGUCUGACUUGAAUGUACAUCAGAGAACUCACACGGGUAAUAAACCAUAUGCAUGUGAACAAUGUAGGAAAACUUUUUACUCUAAGUCACACCUCAGUAUACAUCAGAAAAUCCACACAGGUGACAGACCGUAUGCUUGUGAAGAAUGUAGGAAAACUUUCAACCGUAAGUCGAAUUUCACUGUACAUAAGAGAACUCAUGCAGGUGAUAAGCCCCAUGAAUGUAAUACGUGUGGAAAAACCUUUCAUCGGAAGUCACAUCUCCACAUGCAUCAGCGAACUCACACUGGUGAGAAGCCACAUGCAUGUAAAGAAUGUAGGAAAACCUUCUACCAGAAGUCUAGCCUUAUCAGGCAUCAGAUAAUUCACACAGGUAGCAAACCAUAUUCCUGUGAGGAAUGUAGGAAAACUUUCCUACAUAAGUCGUCCCUGACUGUACAUCAGAGAAGUCACACAGGUAAUAAACCAUAUACAUGUGAAGAAUGCAGAAAAGCUUUCUACUCCAAGUCACAUCUCACUGUACAUCAGAGAAUUCACACAGGUGAAAAGCCCUAUGAAUGUAAGCAAUGUACAAAAGCCUUUUACCAGAAAUCACACCUCAGCAGGCACCAGGUAACUCAUGGAAAUGAGAAACAAUUUGAAUGUAAAGAAUGCUUGAAAACUUUCUAUCAUAAGUCAACUCUCAAGACACAUCAGAGAAUUCAUAUGCGAGAGAAUCCUGUAAUAACGUUGUUUGAAUGUGAAGAAUGUUUGAAAACCUUCCACCAUAAGUCAUCUCUCAAGCUACAUCAGAGAAUUCAUAUGCGGAACAAUUCUGUAAAAAAUACGGGAAACACUUUUGCACAAGCCAUCUUUACCAGCAAGUUCACGUAGGGGAAACAUCCUAAAAUGACGGGAAAAUUUGUGAGAAGGCAUAUCAGCAGGUGUCAAGGGACUGGCACGGGUGGUCGUGCACAGCAUAGAGCUGCUCAUUUCACUGGGACACAGCUCUGCUUUUUUUUGGUUUGUUUGAAGGACCAUGUACAGUGGAAAUAGGUGCAUGUAGUGAUCAUUCAUAUGGCCCAUAUAAAUGCUUCAUUAAGUUCUUUCUGAUGAGCCCUGGCCUGAAGUCAGCAAGACCCCUAGACUGGGCCAAAUGGAAGGUUGUGAUUUAAGAUGAACGUAACUAAAGAGCAAAGAUCUUCCAUCUCUGUCUGCUUAGUUUACACAUGAGAAGUGCCCUGUUGAGCCAUUGUAUUGUUUGCAUUGCAAUGUAAACCCAGUGUCGCUCACGUUGCAAAAUUGUCACAAGGGAGAAACUGCUUUUACCUUUUAUUCUGAAGUCACUUUAUGAAAAACCAUUAUGUGAAGAAGUACCAAUAACGAGUAUGCCUUAUAAUGCAAUUUUAAUACAUUGAGUAAAUGAAGUCUUCAUGAGUCACUCUAAUAUGUGAGAAUUUUCCACAAAUCUUUCUCGACUUCUUAUGUUUCAGUAAUUUGUAUUGAAGCAAAACUACGUGUCAGUAAUUUUGAUGGUAAUUUUUAAGUGGAAGUGUUAUAGUAUUGGAAAUUAUUUUAAAAAGUAUCCAAUUGUAUACCAAUAAAUGAAUAUAUUGCCACUCAG